AUGAAAAUCCGUGAAUUGGAGGAUAGAAUCGCAGAUAAGGAAUGGAUGAGGAAUCCCAACUCUGUAAUGGAUUUCGAAAGACUAGUGGUUACAAAUUCACGUUCCUCGGCAGUGUGGAUAGCAUAUAUGGCGUUUUACAUCAACUCAGGUGACAUAGAAAUGGCAAGAAAAACUGUUAAAAGAGGGUUAAAGGCAAUAGACUUCCGAGAAAUGGCUGAGAAAAUGAACCUUUGGGUUGCAUACCUAAACAUGGAGUGUAUAUAUGGAGAUAAAGUUAUGGAGAUUUUUAAACAGGCUAUUCAAUAUAAUGAUAGUAAAUCAAUUCACCUGAAGAUGAUAAACAUUUUUGUUAACAACAAUCAGCUUGAAAAGGCGAAGGAGAUUUGUGAAAAGGCAAUCAAAAAGUUUCACAAGUCCAAAAAGGUUUGGUUGUCGUAUCUAAGAUUAUUGUAUGAAAAUAUGAAGGAUUUCGAAGCUGGAAGGCAGCUCCACAAAGUAUGUAUUACUAGAAUACCCCAAAGGAAGAGAAUUUUAAUAACAUCCUCAACAGCAUUAUUAGAGUACAAACACGGAUCUCCAGAAAUGGGGAAAAUGUACUUUGAGAAUAUAUUGCUGGAGAAUCCAAAGCGCAUGGAUAUAUGGAACCAAUAUUUGACGGCACACAUCAAGUUAAAUAUGGACGAAUCAAAGACGCAGAAAUCUGAAGGAUUAAAGAACGUUCGAAACCUAUUUGAUAGAGCAAUUACACUUGAUCUCAAGCCAAAAAAGAUGAAAAUCAUUUUCUCCAAAUGGCUGGAAUUUGAAUGCGCAUAUGGAACUGAAAAAUCCAAGGAAUCCGUACAGAAGAAGGCACUUAAAUAUGUAGAAUAUAUCGAAAAAAAGUUAAAUGGCUGA